ACAGCUUCACUCGCUUCGCUACGCCUCAGCACAAACGACAUCAUGCCAUCAAGAGGAGAGCCAGCAGCACUCGUUUCACACAUACCGCGGGCUGACGGCUCUGCAAUAUAUUCUCAUGCCGGAUACACGGUAACAGCGUCGGCAAAUGGUCCUAUUGAGGCACAGAGGCGCGACGAGGACCCGUACGAGGCUCUCGUCGACGUGAUCGUACGACCAGCAGCAGGGGUUGGAGGAACGAGGGAACGUCAUUUAGAGUCUCUCUUGCAAGCUACACUGCGCCAGAUAAUUCUGGUCAAAAACUUUCCUCGCGGCUUGAUUCAAGUUGUACUGCAGGUGAAGUCAUCACCAGAAAAUGAUUACGCCAGCACGAAGCUGGUUCAGGCAAACCUGAACUUGCCGAUUAUACCAGCUCUGCUGCAAGCCGCUGUUUUGGCUCUUCUCUCGGCGGCGAUCCCUCUCAGAGCAACGGCCACCUGUACCGUGAUAGCUGUUGUUGCAGGCUCGGAUGGGGAGGCAGAAAGCAACCUGAUUCUGGACCCAUCGCCCCGGGAAGCGGAGGGCGCGCGGUCGGUACAUGCACUGGCCUUCACCUCAGGGGAUAGGUUGAUUCUCGCAGAAAGCGAGGGCCAUUUCACGAUGCAAGAAUGGGCUGAUGUCCAUGCCAAGGCACUGAAGAUCUGUUGCGAACCCGUUCGGGACCCCGGCAACAACGACAUGGACAUGGGUGACGAUAACAGCACCGACGUGGAAGGCCCCAACAUGCGGCACUUCAUCCGAGAGACAAUGGCCGCCAAGGUCUCCGCAGAUCUUCACUGGAAAGGCUGAAUGGGAAGGUGGACAUAUACCGACCGUGCUUGCUCAUCAAUGAUUGAGACCUGCCGAGUAUUUCCGAACCAUUGUUUGGACCGGUUCGGCGCAACAUUGUGUAUUGUAGAUCCAUUUGUCCCCGGAGAAGCAAAACUGGUGUGUGGACAGUCAACCGGUUUAUCGAUGGGAGAAGGAAAAAAAAGGGCCAAGAGCAGAAAGGGCUGCUUCAGAGCCGCGGGACGUGGGUGACAAACAGGGCUGCAUUUGGCGGUCUGCAAUCGAAUGACCUUCUUAGGAGCUUGGCUCAAUCAUUUUCUCCGAUAUAUUGGCAUGUCCAUGGCGGCUCAAGUCUUUGAUGCUCAAUCGCUGAAAAAUAUCGGCAAAAAGGCUUGUGGGGGCCUGUACCCGCUACUUCCAACGUUCUCAAACAUUAU